CUCGCAUUUUGAGGCGCUUUGUUCAUAAUGCAAGGCUGGGACUUUGUUCAAAUUCGACGUUCAGCGACUCGGUACGCGGGACUGUGGCUCCUCUCUCCUCCGAGCCUGCUGUGGCUAUGAAUUGGCGCGAACCCCGUUAGUGCACCGUGGUUGGAGCGAGCUACUUAAAAAGCGGAAUAUUCGGUCAGGCUCUAACUAACAUUUGGCUCAUUCUUCGACUAAAUUCACUCUAUUUAUCUCCAUAUGGCUUCGGAAGACGGGCCAGGGCCUUCUAUCGCACCAGAGAGCUCAAAGGGGAAAGGUAAAGCUGAGUGGAUGGAGUUACCCGACGGCAUUUCACAAGGUGGCAGCUCGUCUACUCCCGGACUCAGUGUUGUGGAAGUGUGGAAUCAGCAGAAUCUGCUAAGUCUAGAUGGUGGUGGGAUCCGUGGCUAUUGGACUCUUCUUGUGCUGAAGAGGCUCAUGGACUGUAUUGCUCAUGAGGAACAACAACAGACGGAAGGUGAUUCCGAUGAAUAUCAUAGCUUUCAUCCUUGCCCCUUCCCAGAACACGUUACUGGUCCUUUAUCAAGCAAAGAAAGUGACGCACUCAACAGACCAGGUGCAGAGCAUAGGCGUCGGACUCAUGCGCUUCGCACGAGUCGGAAGUUUCUACCUUGCCAUUAUUUUGACUACAUCUGCGGAUCAAGCACUGGCGGACUCAUUGCGAUUAUGCUCGGUAGAUUUCGAAUGACUGUCCAGGACUGCUUAUAUGAGUACAAGGAAAUGGGCAACAAGAUUUUCGGCAAGCCACGUCUAGUGUCGCAACCUAAUACUGGGAUUAUAUCGCGGCCAAAAUAUAGUGCCUCAGCCCUGGAAGAGGUAUUCAAAGAUGUGACGGCAAGGCGUUGCGAGCACGUCGACCAACGGAUCAAGGAAGUGACGUUUCCUUCAAUGCCAGGGCUCUGCAACACAUUCGUCACCACCAAGAAAAGGGAACGACGCAAAGGUUCCAAAGGUUCCGAAGAGAAGAAGUAUCUAAUUCGAUCGUACGACCAUGAAAAAUCUGAUCCGCAUAUUUUUCAACGCAACCGUACUACUACCCUGUCCACAAAAGCCGCAAAAACAAAUUUCGGGCCUGCCGAUCCGUUAGAGAUUUGGGAGGUUGCUCGAGCAGCUACAGCUGCCCCAAUGUACUUUGAAGAAAUUAAGUUCAAACGCAGGACAUCCACUGGCUCCACCAAAAUCUUUUUCACAGAUGGAGGCUUUGGUCACACCAACAAUCCUACCCAAGAAGGUCUUUCGGAAAUUAAGUCACUUCACGGAGAGAGUAACAUUGGCGUCGUCGUGAGCGUUGGGACCGCGAGAGCCAAAGAGGACCCUGGAGGACGAUCAAUUCGUAAAAGAAUCCGAAAACUUGCGAACACGGCAACAGAUCCGGGAAUUGUUGAAGGGUACAUCGACGACGCUAGAUUGGAUCAUUCCUUUCGGCUUAACGAUGAAAAAGGGAUAAACAUCGAUCUUGACGAAUGGAAACCCAACGGUGCUUUUACCUCGCGACCCGGUCAUAAAACCCUUGCGGAUAUGAAGCAUGCAUUCAACAAAUGGUGUCAAAAGUCUGAAAAUUCCGAAGCCUUCACGAGAUGUGCAAAGGAGCUGGUACGGCGGAGACGAAUACGUAUGGAGGAUUCUUCCCGAUGGGAACGUUAUGCCACUGGUGCAAGGUUUGUCUGUGGCUACAGUGCAUGCGGAAACACUCCACACUACGACAGGGAAGCUUUCAGGAGACAUCUGUGGACCGAGCAUCCGGAAUCAAGGGAGGAUAUCGACGUGGUGAUUCGACGGAUGACAAAGACAUGGAAAUACCAGAUAAGGCCCCCGCCCUGA